UAAAAAAACCAAAUUUAAGAUAACCAUUUAGAUUAGAUCCAGUUUUGGUUGCCAAUUUUUAAACUUAUUUUUACAGUAUUAUAAUUCACUUAAAAGUAUAUUAACAAUAGCUUAAACCUUUUUCACAUCUGUUGUGUAUAUUAUGUUGUAUGAUUAUGCAUAUACAAAGACUUUAAAUACCUUCCACGAAAACAAUAACAAACUGACCAACCAAUUCUUUGGCUACGAUUAAUUGACAUUAACACAUGAAAGGAUAACAAAAUGCAAUCUAUGAAUUCAAAUAUUGAUAAAGCAAAACACUUCUUCGUGGAAAGUGGGAUCUUAGGACCCACAAACUUUAAAAAUUCAAGUGACUUGAUUCGGAAAACAUCAACCAUUCACAUUGAUACAACCCUAAAAAAUCAGAUAAGAAAAACAUCAUUGUGCCUGAGGCAUAAGGGUUUAAACGAAACAAAUACAUUGAGUAGUUACGAUGAGUCUCUUAUUAAUCUUCAAAACGAAAUAUAUAACAUGAGAGAUACUUUACUCCAUGGCGAAACCAAAAUUGUAAUUCUACGUACUGAAAUUGGCAAACUAAAGCAAGGACUUCAAGCAAUAAUGCCUGCCCAGGUAGAAGCUCAAAACUACUCUGACGAGGUCAUCAUGAAAAUCAAACGUCCGGUGCCGAGUCUUUGUUUAUUUUGCCAACCCAUUAAUACUUCCGUAAAAGGAUCGUCAAACUGGAGUUCAACGUUUGUCAAAAAACACAAAAAUAAUUACCCAAAUAAGAAAGCUUUAGGUGAAAAAUGUAAUAGCCAAUUGUGGAUCAGUGGCAAAUAAAAGUAAAGUUAAUAUAUAUUAGAUCUUUAAAAAAUAGAUUAGGGUUUUGCACUUUCUUUUAUUGGUUUUGCCAGAGAUUGCAUUAUGCCUCCCCUUAAGCAGAUUAAUCAGAAUUAAUAUUACACUUUAUUAAGGUUAAUUUCAUCUAUUACAUUUGCGAUAGUAGCGUUAUAUAUACAAUAAAUUAAUAACGUCAUUAUAACAUAUUUUGUAUAUUCAAAAAAUUUAAAAACUUAGUUUCAUAAAAAGCACUUUGUAAGGUUAAUGACAAACAAGAAUUGCACGCAUCCCUGAAAUAAAAAUUACAACUGGGUCAUUUUGAAUUGAUGUAUAACUAAAUAACAAAGUACAAUUUUGGAGCAUUUUAUUAUUGACGAUAUUAUAAGUAACUAAAAAUUUGCUAUAUCUAGAUUAUCUGCAACUUGAUUACAACAAUGUAUUUGACUUUAUAAUUAAUAAAUUAUAAUAUUACAUAUGAUAUUUAGCUAGUAGAGAAAACGGUUGAGGCCUCCAAUAUUUGUAUUACGAUAGUUCUUAACUGGUAAAUUUCAAUUAUAAAUAACGGCCAUUUGUAUUUUCAUGAUUGCAUAAUUCUUUCAUCGUAGCAUCAAUAAAUCCGAUGGUAGAAAUUAUGGUUGCUUUAAAGUACAUUAGGAUUUUAAAAUAUAGUAAAUAAAUGGCACCUACUCGGACCGAUUUCGGAGCUUCUGCUAAAGCCAAAACCAAUUGCAUAUGAAAUAAAGUAUUAUGUCAUCAACGUUGUUCAAAAUACAGCCAUUUGACAAAUAAAACAAAUUGUUAUGAACAUUCAUUAAAAUUUAUAAA